UUCGCAGACCGCAGCAGUUCAGUGAACAGUAGUGGGUCGUUGCUUGUUGGUGAGUAUCACCCCACCACUUGUUGCUAUUUUUUCAACUUGAGCAGACUGCAUUCACCUUUCAACUUUCAGGUUUCAGUUGUAGUUCAGUUUUAGUUCAGCAGUGUGAUGAGAGUGUCAUAGUGCCGAAUAGUUCAUCAUAAAGCCAAUCGGUGUCUCUUUCUUGCUUUCGGUCAGGUGAAAGAGAGUCCUGUUUUCCAUAAAAUCAGUAUUCUAUGUGUAUGUGGUCUAAUAUUGUAUUGCUAGAGGACCUUAUUGACAGUAGUAUCAGCAAAUCUGUCAUGACAACAAUUUUUCAACUCUAUUGAACUUCUGAUCAACUUUGGAUAGCAUUAAUAAAAGGUCAUGAGACUAUUCAAGAGACGAUGCUCCGACCCCAGCCCGCAGCUCGUGAGUCUGUCUCCGUUGACGCAGGAGGAGGUCGAGGAGGUGGAGACAAGUGCGUGUGCCAAGCCGCCUCGGCAAACACGCUCGGGUCAAGCCUCGCCGGCUAGGACGCCUCUGUCCGGCUCUCCCAAGCCUCACCGCAAAGGACUAGCAACUUGGGGCAAAAGAGUUGGGAAAAAAUGGGACCAACUGAAAAGAAGCGACAGUUCUGAGCUGUUGGCUGUUUCACCAGGGAGAAAACGUCACUGGUCACCAAACAGCACCAACACCAACACCAACACCAAAGCAGGCACUCAACAAGCCACUGGGCCGAACACCACUCAAGCAAGAUCGAGGCGUGUCUCUCGUGUUGAAUCUUUGAGAAAUCUGUUCGCAAGAGGCGCGAAUUCACCCACAUCCUCCGGGGCGAGCAAGCAGCAGCAGACUGAAACCAUAGCGCGCAACGCCAAAGAACUGGGAAGUGAUUGGGUGAAGGAAGAAUGCCAGAAAGGCUUGUCAGAUUUGUAUGAAUUGAAUGAACUGAUCAGCAGUGUAGGUAAAUCGAAUGGAUCAGACGAGAACACUAGAGAAUCGAAAGGACUUAAGACUAGGAAACGUGCGCUCACCGAACCUCUUGAAGAAAAUCCACUGGAAGAACAAUGCCUUCUGGAGUAUUUGCUUAGUCAUCAUUCCAGUCUUGCAGCUAGCAAAGGAUCCGAAACUUCUCUGAAACUACUCAGCUAUGAUGAUCUCCUCACCACUUUCAAAGAGUUGACCCAACAAGAGCAGAUUGAAUUCUUGAAAAACUCCACCACAUCUCUGAAUGACUGGGAAACGACUGGGAAUUUUGAUGAACCGAAACCCAAGUUGUCAGUGCUACCCGAAGAAAGUAUUCCUGCUCCAAAAAGCGGAAGGAAUACGGUGAGAAAGCGGCUCAUGUGUCUCGGAGGAGGGAAGAGUUUCAGUCGAGGUAACAGUUUCGAGGAGUUGCAGAGACGCCCGAAAACAGAGGUGAAACCGAGACCUGAUUCGACCCCUGUGUCACAGAUUGACAACCUGUGUUCCUUGCUCAACAAUCUGCUCGUUGUGAGAGCAGAUGAAAGCGGAUACGAGAGCGAUUCUACGAGGACCGGAUCAGAUUCUCCGAGAGGUUCCAUAAAAUCGACGACUUCUGAUCUACUGCCUUUGUCGAGGAGGGUUGUGACAAGGACGGGCUCCAAUACUUCAUCUAUAAUCGAAGUAGAUGGCUGUAUUCGGGGUAUAUCUGAAUCCGAAGACAGUGCUGAGUCUCCUCAGAACAACACUGAUAAUGAUAUUCCAAAUGGAGUUCACAAAGCUUCAAACAGUCCACAAAAAGAGGUUAUUACAAAUUCAAACAGUCGCAAAUCUUCCCCUAGCAGAAUUUCCAAAAGCGAACCUGACGAGGAGAAGCUAUCCUUCUCCAGAAAAAGAAACUCAAAAAUUAAUAUCGGUAUUAGAAGAGGUGAUGUGAAGUCAGUGGGACUCAAUUUGGCUUAUAAGAGGAGUUUAUCCAGCACUAACAGCCUGGAUGAGAACAGAAUUGACGAGGAAGAGAAGGACUCAGCGCAGAUUGAGUCUCUUGUGUGCAAUAGGUGUAAGCCACCAAAGGAGACUAACGAGGAGAAUGGUCGUCUGAGCUUCUAUCAGCGCAUCAUGGGAGGCAGGGCAUUCUCAAAUUCGGUGCCAUCUAAAUCGAGUGUAAUAGAGGAUAAACAGUUCAAGUGCAUGCGGUUCAACAAGGACCACACCGGAGAGUUGGGUGUCUACAUUGAGAGGAAAGAUCCAGCCGCCAAGAGCUCUUGCUACAUUAUUUCUUAUAUUGAGCCUGGUGGAGUCUUACACAGAGAUGGUCGAUUCAAGAUCGGCGACGAAAUCGUGAAAGUGAACGGAUGCCGGUUACGCGGCCUGACCAUCCAGGAAGCGCGAACGACGCUGCGCAGUGCUCCAAACCAAGUGGAAAUAGUCAUCUGUCGAGAUCCUGAGGCUGCCAAGUCACAUGACAGCAAGACAAUUAGCCGGAAACCGCCGACAGGAUUGUCUGGUCCGGUAGCGAACUCUCGAGUAUCACCACCGCCAAUUGGAUUGUCUGGUGUCAACUCCAAGUAUGACAGGGUGUCACAGUAUCAUCGGCAGGUGUCCAUGCCAGAGAUCAAGAUUGAGAAGAAGUCUGGUGAUACCGGGAAAUCGGUAACUGAUAAAAGGUCUAGUGAUGUCGGGAAGCUGCCAACUGUCACCGGCGAAAAACGAUCUGAUGUCGGGAAGCUGCCAAUGAUCACCAACGAAAAAAGGCCCGGUGAUGUCGCAAAACCUCAGAAGCCGGUCACUGGAAUGCGGAAGUUCUCGUGUCAACUGGACAGCAUCUCGCCGCGACGCCGUUCAGACGCGGCGACUGCUGUCGCUCCACGUCGGAUGAGUCAGACGCCGCGACCCAAGUCGCUGACGUUGGCGAUGUUCACGGUGACCCUCCACAAGGGCCCUGGACACAAAUCGCUUGGAUUCAGCAUAGUCGGCGGCCAGGACUCGCCCAAGGGCAGCCUCGGCAUAUUUGUCAAGACCAUCUUCCAGUCGGGGCAGGCGGCUGAGAACGGCAAUCUACGCGAAGGAGAUGAGAUAAUAGCAGUGAAUGGAACUACUUUGCAAGGGUUGACACAUUCAGAGGCGAUUGCUGUCUUCAAAGAAAUAAAGAGUGGUCCUGUCAUGCUGCAUAUUGGCAGACGAGAUCAACUACAGAAGAGGUACUCUAUUAAAAUGAUAAUUUUUUUAAAAAUGUCAUUACCUAUUGAUAAUAAUAAAUCAUUUUAUUUGUACACGGUAUAACCAUACAAUACAAAA